GCAUAUGACAUGGUUUUUAUAGAUUUGGCUGGUCAUGGUUAAUCAGAGGCCAGGUUCUGAAGGAAAUGUUAAGAGGUCAAAGGUUUUAGGUUGAGCAGAAUUUGACGAAGGGCAAAUACAAGCCCACUCAAGUGAAUGCCCAAGAGGCCACUAAGACAGAGGGGGAAGUAAAUUUGAGGCUACAUGGGUAAAAUAACAAAAAAGGACUUUGCCUUUUCGGAUCUCCAAAAGACUAUGCCUCUUGAUUGCACUGGAUGGAAGGAAAUGGUUCCUCUGGCUGAUAGCAACUAGUUUAAGACUUACUUGAGUUGAGAUUUUUUAUUGGGAUAAUAGAUGGAUGGAGCAAUUGAUCUUGCAGUGAAGACUACAAGUGGCAGACCACAAGUGGCAAUGUUGUUAGCAGUACACGAUGUUAUAUUCCUCAGGAUUUUAUUUUAAUGACAAUUUUUUUGGUGGGUUAACCGGUGCCAGAAAGUGUUCACAAUGAUCAGUGAUGCUGGUAAGUGGUUGAAGACACUAUAGUGGCUUUAGGAGAGAAAGGUUGCUGGAACUUACCUGGGGUGUUUUGGAAGAUAUAUCCUUUCAUGCUGCUGCCAUUGGAGAUAUUCAAUGGGGCAGCAGUGUCAGCACUUGUGGGGCUAGUGGUGACUAUUACCUAUGUAUUAGUGGUAGCAUAUUAAAAGAGUUUGCUUGGGCUUUUGCUUAUGAAAAUGCACAAUAACAUGUCUUCUACAAGUUGUAGGAAUCCACCUAGAUUUAUGCUGAAUUCCUUGAAUCAUUGUGGGACUUAGCAUGAAGUAUUCAAACUGAUAGAUAAUGACUUAUGUAACAUAAUGACUUAUGUAACACAGAGAGGUCAAGCUUUAAAUAUGCUUUUUAAUGUAAUCUAAAUCUACAAUGCUCGUCUUUCCUUUAAUGGCAGGUGCCCACUUAUUCCACCAAAUCAACGUUUAUUGAUUUCCAAUUAUGUAGUUUGUUAUUCUUGUCUAGGUGAGGAUUAAGGUUUAUAAAGAUUGUUUACCUCUUCCCGAGUGUGCUUUUAGACAUGCUAUCAAAGACAACUACCAUAGUUCCAAGUUCAAUCAAGAGUUGGGUAGAAAACAGGUGAAGUCUCUACUUUCAUUGUUCUACCCGAUUACUUUUCCAACUUCCGCUGUUGCCUACACUGUCUGAAAUGUGGGCACACCUCCCUCAUUAUCAUCUCCACUUGUGGGCGAGGGGCUUCAGCAUCCAGAAACAUACCCUCCUCUGGUGGACUCAUACGUAAUGGGGGCUCCAUAUCAGUAUUUUGGAUUGAGACAGGGUAUCCCACAUUCACUCUCUGAUCCAUUUGAACCAGAAGCAGAUGAGGCAAAUGCACAGCCUUCUAGGGAGCCUGAGCAGAUAAUUGAGUCGGCUGGUUUUCCUCAUCAUGUUGGUACUUAUUGUGUGGCAGAAACACAUGAGGAAUACUUGCCUGAGAAACCAUCCUUCUCUGCACAGGAUCUGUACCAAAGGUAUGGGAUUGUGCCGGAUGUCAUUCCAAGAGAUGGAGUUACUGCAUACGAGACUGAGUAUCAUACACCACAACUGCCAAAAGAGAGACCUUCUCAUCCACGGGGUGGAUUGCAAUAUGCUUACCACUGUUCCUAUGCCAUUGCAGGACAAGGAGGUAAGAGCCAAUUUUAUUCUGCUCCUCUGCAAAGGACAGUGCCUGGAAGCUCUAGUUUGGUUGAGACUAAUUUGCCAGUCCCUCUCGUUUUCAUUAUGCUGGAGCUGCUUCAACUUUUCGUUGAACUUUGGAAAGGGGUGAUUCUUGUUUUUUGUUCGAUAGAGGCAAAGGGGUGAUUCUUGUUUUGGUGCUGUCCCUUGUUCGUUUCAAAGACUGGUGCUUUUGUUUGUUUCAAAGAUUGAUGUUCAGUUUUGCACAUCAUCCAGUCUGUAUUAGUCUCCAAUGAUAUUCAUCAAUCAUCAGCACCAUAACAUGUAUGCUAUGGUUUUUAAGAUAGCAGUUUUCGAGCUUGCAAUACCACCUUAGGAAAAUUGCCUAAUUUCCCUAAGAACUGACUUAUGAGCACAUGGCUAGCCUGGAAAUAAACUUUAAACCAUACGCUUCGCUUGAUGGCUUACUUUUCAGUAUAAAUAUCUUGUGUAGGA